AGGACUCUCCUUCAAACGCAGUACAAUCUCGGACUGCCCGUCGAUAGCGAAACGCGGCGGGCGAUUUGAGGCAACCAAGCUGAUUAGUGUGAUAUUGUUUAUGUGUAUUUCAUAACCGUUUCAAUUGGAGACUCGGAGUAAAGAUAUAAAAUGUCCGUGGGUCGAGUGACUAUGCUGCGUAAAGGGAACUCUGUGGAGCUGGCCCGAAAGGCCAAUACCGUCGUGGUGACGGUUCCACCUCUGGUUAAGAAGUCGAGCAAGAGCCGCUCGUUCCACUUCCGCUAUCUGGAGCUGUGCCGGGCCAAGAACCUGACGCCGGUGCCGGACAUCCGCAGCAAGUCCAAUUCGACCACCACCUUCCUGGAGCUGUGCGGCGACAAGCUGGCUGUCAGCGAUUGGCAGCUCCUCACCGAGGCCCUGCACUAUGACCUUGUGCUCCAGCAGCUGGUGGUUCGCCUGCGCCGCACCUAUCCACAAACCAACAUCGACCCCAUAGACACUGAAAAGAGGGCUCGACUCUUUCGCCAACGACCGGUGAUCUACACGCGUUUCAUCUUUAACAGCCUGGUCCAGGCGAUUGCCAACUGCGUUUCGAGCAACAAAAAUCUGAGCGUGCUGAAGCUGGAGGGACUGCCCCUGCAGGAUGGCUAUAUCGAGACCAUUGCCAAGUCUUUGGCCGACAACGAGUGCCUCGAAACAGUGAGUUUUCGCAAGUCAAACAUCGGCGACAAGGGCUGCGAGGUGGUCUGUAAUACGGCCAAGUAUCUAAACCGCAUCGACAUCUUUGACCUUUCCGAGUGCGGACUUACCUCCAAAGGAGCGGAGCACGUGGCCGAUAUGCUUAAGAUGCAAAAGAUCACCCGUUUUACUGAGGGUUGGGAGAAGUCUUUACGCUACCGCAGCGUGGAUGUGAACACGAUUGGCGGACUGCGCACUGUACUGCUGUCGGACAAUCCGGAGAUCAGCGAUGACGGCAUCCGGUGGAUCACGGAGGUGUUGAAGGAGGACGCCUGGAUAAAGAAAAUUGACAUGGAGAACUGCGGCCUGACGGACAUCGGUGCCAAUCUGAUCCUCGAUUGCCUGGAGCUCAACACGGCGAUCACGGAGUUUAGUGUGCGUAACAACGAGGGCAUCAGCAAGUUCCUGCAGCGCAACAUCCGGGAUCAUCUGGGCGAACCGGCCGAGGAGAAACAGGAGCCGGAGUACGACCUUAGCUGCGUGAAUGGGUUGCAGAGCCUGCCCAAGAACAAGAAGGUCACCGUGUCCCAGCUGCUGGCCCACACCAAGGCUCUGGAGGAGCAGCUCUCCUUCGAACGGACGCUGCGCAAGAAGGCCGAGAAGCUGAAUGAGAAGUUGAGUCACCAGCUAAUGCGCUCCGACUCCGGCAACUUGGUGCAGGAGAAGAUUAUAGAAGGAGGAUCUCAACAGCACUUGAACAGAGAAUAUGUGGUGCGAAACGAAGUCAUGCAGGAGGUCGUCAAGGAUUCCCAGAGUUAUCGACAAUCUCACUUUAACCGGCUGGUCAACAGUGCGGUCACCAGUCCUGAAGUCACACCCCGCAGCGAAAUUGCCACUUUGCGCAAGGAACAGCAACUGCAACAGCAAUCCUCGCCAAUCCAUAUCAAGCAUCCUUCCGUGGAACAGCAGCUGAGGAGAGUGCGUGAGGUGCAGGAGGAGGUGGACGAGGAGGAGGAGGAGUAUGAGGAGAUGCCGCCGGAGGACAGCCAAUCCGAGACGGAACCCGUGACCGAGCAGCAACAAGUGCUGGUACAGCGCAAGCAACUCCAGGUGCGCAAGGUGCGCAGCGAGAUGAAGUAUGUGGAGAACAAUCCCAAGGAGGCUGCCAAGAAUCGCGAGUCCAAGUCGGAUCACGAGUUUGCCAACGAGCGAGAUUUCAAGCUAAAUUCAUCCGUGCAGUUUGAGACGGACAUAGGCGACAGUGAAAUGGUGAAUCCUGGCCAGCAUUACGAGAACGAGAAGGACACGGGCUACGGUUAUAACUGCGAGCAGGAGCACCCUGUGAAGCGGGGCUACGAGAAGGGCUAUGUGGUGGGAGUGGGCGACGGGUCCCACAGAAGGCAGAAGCCCUCUAACCUCGCCGAAGCUUUGGCCCAGAAACGUGGUGGAGGCUCGUGCGAUGGUGGACAAGUGGCGCAGUUCGUCAGCUCUUUGGAGCGCAAAACGAACGCUGGCAAGCCGGGGAAAAAGCGUCACAAACCGCGGCCAGAGGACAAUCAUCAAAUGCAGACCAACGAGAUGCAUAUGGAGUCAUACAUGUCCAACUACGAAGAGAUAUCCUCCACCGAUGCCACGCUGGAGAACUCGGACUACGAGGCGGAAACCACGGAUUCCACGUUGCGAGGCAGUGGCAAGUACUCAUCCAUGCAGGUCUUUAUGCGGCGCAAGCACUCGGAAUCCUUGUCGAUGGCGGAGGACAACGGCGAGGGGGAGCCUGGAGGCGGCGGUGUGCCAGGAGAUGCAGGCAGCGAAAAGCUCAUCUCCCCGCGCGAAGUUUACCUGGCACUACAGCUCCAGAAGCGGGAGCAGAGCUCCUAGGGGGUUCCCCCUUUGGGUUACUUCUCUUCCUUCAUCCAAAAUCCCAGCAGCCAUUUGCAGCCGGAGCAGCGACACCUGUGCCACCAUAAGCCAGCCAACUAGAUUCGAUGGGUUCCCCACUGGGAGAGCUAAAUUUCCAGUCGUACUCCCGUGCAGUACCUGUAAAGAUGGGAAUCGCCUCCUCUUUGCACGUGUCUUGUUCUUUGCGAAUUAUAGCUGCGUCAAAAAUGUACAAAAACAGAAAUUCGGCUUACUGAUUGCCAUUAAAGAUUUACCAUUUAUGUGCUCUCUA